GUUUCUUUGUAGCUGAGGUUGACAAUCGACAUUACCGCCAUCGUUCCUGCAUACAAUCACUUUGUAGAGCCACGGCAUUCUCCAACUAAAAUUUUGCUAAACGUGGUCCUCAUUGGGUCAUUGGAUUCUUCCUACGUAUGCCUGAUCCAAGUGAUCGAUUUGGUGAUUCCAUUGACCAGUAUUUGGCGCUAAGCAAUGGUGGCGACAAUGGCGAACAUUCUUUGAGAAAUGAUACAGAUGAUUACCAAGAAGAAAUGAAGCAUGGAUAUCGAACUAGUUCAUCUACGAAAGACUCGUUAUAUUCGCUGCCAGAUGUAUACCACCAAGAGGCACCGACCAGCUAUCAGCCGAAGCUUCCCAACUUUGUAGCAACCGCUGAUCCACAGUAUUUGUAUAAUUAUCAAUCAAAUUUAUAUUACGAUAUCUUUUCCGAUACGUAUUCGCGGCUUGACGAAGCCACCAUGAUGUAUCAAAUUGUUGAUGCAAAUGCCGCAGCAGAGGCAAGCUUAUAUUACACCACCAACGAACCAGCAUCGGACGAAGCUCUGCGGCUUGUCGUUCUAGAGUCACAACUACUUCCUGUAAAUAACAUAAUACUAGUAGACGCCAACGGCAUUACCGUUGGAAGGGACAGAAGCUGGGAUAGACGUCUACGGUUACCAGAAAUGGCAGUUAGCAAAUACCAUUGCCACAUAUUCUCCAAUUCAGCCGAUAUCUUCCAAGAUACGGAUAAUGACAAAGUGGCUGAUCAAGAGCUGGCUAGCAAUUUUUCUAUCAUUGAUGUCGGUUCACAGAAUGGCACAUUUGUCAAUGGAGAACGAUUGUCAUUGACAAGAUCAGCAAGUCCUCCUUAUCCAUUGCGACAUCUCGAUGUGAUCUCGGUUGGUACAACGAAAUUUCAGGUUCACGAGCACACUGGAUCAUGGCCAUGUGAGCAGUGCAAAUCCUACAAUGGAAAUAUUAUUGAUAUCGCCACCACCACACAAAUCAAAACACCUAUAGAAGAUGCCGAGACUAACAAGCAUUUAACGAAAAACGAUAGAGAGAUGGCUCGAAGGGAAGAGUUGAAGCGGAUGAAGCAAAAGUAUACGGAUAAUAAGCCCAAUAUAAAGUCUAGUAAUUACGUGGAUCGUGCCGAAGCAAGACGGAAACAACAUGGUGAUAACAGUCCAGUCCAUCGUAGCAAUGACAUGGAUAUUGACACCUAUUCACCAACACAAAGCUCAAGAACAAACGAGAGAAUUGGAGCGGAAAAUAUUGGAAAUAAAUUGCUGCAAAAGAUGGGUUGGAAAGAAGGUCAGGGCUUAGGAUCGACAGGGUCCGGUAUCAUAGAUCCUAUCCAAGCACAAUUUCGUGAAGGCCGAGCAGGACUGGGAUCCGUACAAGUGGAAGACGCAUACAGUGGUAAAAAAGGAGCCCUGGAAUUAACCCGAAAACGAUACAACGAACAACAGUAAUACAGACCUCCUAUGUAAAUGAUAAUUCACGGUUGUUUUUCAAAUUACCUUCUUCUGUUUCUACGUGAAAAGUACUGAAUUCGUGUCGUCAUCAAAAUUUUCUGGCCCUUGAGUUUUUUUUUCAUUCGAUUCGGCCAUUGUAGUAACAAACUCGUCCUCCCUACUCUUGUACGCAAAUGUUUGCUAGACUUGCUUCUCAGUCAACUCGGCGUGCC